CUUUCCUAUACACCGUUGAGGGCCGUGCACAAUGCCUGCACGCUACGCUCCUCUACCGAACCCUCGCUCUCUUCCAGAUCGGGAGCAAGAGCUCGAAGCCGCCUUCGAGUCGGACGGUGAAGACGACCAACUAGAGUCGACCCCGCUCACCCGCAACCACACCGAGCAAAGCCGUUCGCAGCCCGCUCCGGGCACGUACGACUUCGAGAGGGACUACGACUACGACCGCCCGCCGCCAGGUUCGCCGCCGCGCCCGGCCGACACGGCGCUCCCCAACGCGAUCGGCAACUCCAACGGGCUCGUGCCUGACGACAACGCCGUAGCGCGGCCCCGGCCGCCCCGCCCGUCGUUCUUCCGCAAGGCCGUCGGUGCGCUGCUGCCGACGCACUACGCGCGGGUGCCCGCGAGCGAGGAGGAGGCGGGCAGGUCGGGGCGGGUGAUAGGGGGCGGUGUCCAGAACGACGGCGUGUUCGCGAACGUGACGGCGAAGCCCGGCCGCCAGGUCCCGGUGACCAACGAGCAAGGGGACGUUCAUAUGGUGCCGGAGGAGGCGCAGAGGGAUGCACCUCCCUCUUACGCGUCUGCCCAAGCUGAUGCCGUGCCUCCGUACUGGGAGACGACGGUCCUGGCCCCUGGAUCGGGCUUCGGAGGCGAGAUGAUUGUCGAGGAUCUGCCCGUGGGCUCGUUGGCGACGUUCGUUGUCAACUGCUUCAUCUCGUUCUUCUUCCAAUUCGUCGGCUUUGUGAUGACGUAUCUCCUGCACACUAGCCAUGCCGCAAAGUUCGGUUCUCGUGCAGGCUUGGGCUUGACGAUGAUCCAGUUCGGCUUCUACUCGCGCAACCAGCAGAUGCCAGUGAUGGAGGACGACACCCAGACGACCUUCAUAGGCAUGGGCACGUCCAUCAACGGCACCUGGCCCCCCGACGGCUCCGACGUGCAGCUUCCCGACGCGACGCCCGAGCAGUGGAAGCAACACUGGAUCAGCACCCGUGAAUGGCUCUCCUUCCUGCUCAUGACCGUCGGCUGGUUCCUGCUCCUGACGUCUCUUGUCGGUUUCUGGCGCGUCAAGCGCUGGGAGCUGUCCCUCGCCUCUACGCGACAGCCCGUCGUUAGCACCCAGGUCACCCCUGAAGACGAGCAAAGAAUGCGGAACAACUUCCGGACCGCCUUCGCCGUUCACUUCGGAGACGAAGUGUCGGAGGAACAACAGGGCGACGACAUGCCCGACGAAAGCGAUAUGUCCCCCGAGGCGCGCUUGGCGCGAAACCUGAGGGCGGCAGGAUUCAUAUAGACCUAUUUGUUACCUCAACAACGAGUCACUGCGAUCAGAACUUGUCGUAGGUCUCAGAAACCGGACAUUCUCUCGCGAUAUAAACCUCUUUGUAACAUAGUAUUUGUCGUCUCACCGUCGGUCUUUUCUGGAUGUUGUCAUCUUGGGUCGCUCCAUUGAUAUUCGUAGACUUGCUGCCAGGGAGUCGUACACGCUCAUGUUCGUAGCAGAUAGUAAAGCGAUUGGUAAUAUCCAAC